CUGCUGUUGUGGGGAGACGCGUCGCGGCGAUGAUGGCGUCGUUGUGGCUCGCUCUCCAGUUUGACUGUGGCCCGGGCAGCCUUUGCGAGAAGGCAAUGCGUUUGGGGCGAGGGCAGCGCGCCGUUGAAUUCAAAUCCAGCUGCGCGCAGUCAUUUUGGUCGUAUUUACCCCUUCACGACGCGUGGGCUGCCAUGCGAUGUUGCUGGAGCGUCUUACCGCUGCCCAAACUAAAUUUCAUGGCCAAAAGCGACCGUGACUUCGUGGUGGCCUGCUACGACGGCCAAGUGGAGGCAGUGACAUUAAUGUUGAAGAGCGGCCAAUUCGACGGCAACACCUCUACUUCUGGGCAAUCCGCCCUCUGCGCCGCGGCUGCCGGCGUCCGGGGCGGACGGCCGCAGAGCGACGAGAUCAAGGUGCGGCUCAUCCGGCUACUCUGCGCGCACGGCGCGGAUCCGAACCGAUUCAACUGGCGCAAGUGGAGCCCUCUGCAUUACGCCAUCUUGAACGGAAGCAGCGUCGUGGCGACGGAGCUCCUCGACCAAGGCGCCGACGUCGACGCGCUCUUCGACGGCGCGACGCCGCUCGUGCUGGUGGCUUGCGAGGAUCCACGUUAUCCUACGACCGUAUCUAAUGGGGGUCCAGCGUGCGUCGUCGCCCAUCAACGUUCCUCGGCUCUGACGCCAGGGGCCAAGCGGACUCUGAUGCGACUCCUCUUGGAUCGCGGCGCGUCGCCCCUCGCAAUUCGAAACGCCCAUCGCGUGACGGACGACGCGCGGACGAUCCUGCGCCAGUAUUAUUCGAUCGUCGUGCACCUGAACGUGUUCGGGACCGCGUCCUCGUGCCCGAACCCCGCGCGGCUCUCCGCGAUUGACCUGGUGCCCACCAUCGCCUCGUAUGUGAUAUGA